AUGUCGGCCAAGGCCGAGGCCGGCUUCCUGAAGGAGGCUUCGCGGCAGAUCCUGGCCGGCGGCUCCGCAGGUCUUGUAGAAAUUUGCCUGAUGCACCCCCUCGAUGUGGUGAAAACCAGGUUCCAGAUUCAGAGAUGUUCAACUGAUCCAAACAGUUACAAAAGCUUAGGAGACAGCUUUCGAACAAUUUUCCGAACAGAAGGGUUGUUUGGUUUUUACAAGGGAAUUCUACCACCCAUAUUGGCUGAAACACCAAAAAGAGCAGUGAAGUUUUUCACCUUUGAGCAAUAUAAGAAAUUGCUAGGAUAUGUGUCACUGUCACCAGCAUUGACAUUCGCCAUUGCUGGACUAGGGUGUGGACUGACAGAAGCCAUCGUGGUUAACCCUUUCGAAGUAGUAAAAGUUGGCUUGCAAGCUAAUCGGAACACAUUUACAGAGCAACCAUCCACCAUGAGCUAUGCAAGACACAUCAUCAAGAAGGAAGGCUGGGGACUCCAGGGCCUCAACAAAGGAUUUACAGCAACGUUGGGACGUCACGGAGUUUUCAACAUGGUUUAUUUUGGCUUCUACUUUAAUGUCAAAAGUAUUAUUCCUGUCAAUAAGGACCCAACCUUGGAGUUUUUGAGAAAAUUCGGGAUCGGUCUCCUCUCGGGCACAAUAGCCUCAGUCAUUAACAUCCCUUUCGAUGUUGCCAAAAGUAGGAUUCAAGGGCCUCAGCCGGUUCCUGGAGAGAUCAAGUACAGAACCUGUUUUAGAACAAUGGCCACAGUCUCUCAGGAAGAAGGGAUUUUAGCUUUGUACAAAGGUCUGCUUCCCAAGAUUAUGAGGCUUGGACCAGGUGGAGCGGUGAUGCUGCUGGUUUAUGAAUAUUCCUAUGCAUGGCUUCAGGAGAACUGGUGA